CUGACACAACACAGGCUCUAAUGAUUUAGUUCGUUGGCGCUCUUGUUUGAGAUCCUGUGCAGUAGUACUUAGUUUUCUCUUUGUAAUAACAUUUGUGUUACAGCAGACUUGUUUUCUAGUCUCUUGUCGUGAGGACAUCGUUUCACCUCCUGUUUGAGAAGUACAGCUGACUAUUAUCAACAUGCAUGUGAUAAAGCGAGAUGGGCGCCAUGAGGCAGUUAGUUUUGAUAAAAUCACAUUUCGCAUCCAGAAGCUCUGCUAUGGACUCAACAAUGACUUUGUGGACCCUGCCGAGAUUACCAUGAAGGUGAUCCAGGGUCUGUACAGCGGCGUCACCACCGUGGAACUGGACACCUUGGCUGCAGAGACGGCCGCCACCCUCACCACUAAACAUCCUGACUAUGCAAUCCUGGCAGCACGUAUUGCCGUGUCCAACCUGCACAAAGAAACCAAGAAAGUAUUCAGUGAUGUGAUGGAGGAUCUGUACAACUAUGUCAAUCCCUUAAAUAAACGCCACUCACCAAUGAUCUCCAAGGACACGCUCGACGUUAUCCUUGAAAACAAAUCUCGCCUCAACUCUUGCAUCAUUUAUGACAGAGACUUUACCUACAACUUCUUUGGAUUCAAAACCCUCGAGAGGGCGUAUUUGCUGAAAAUUAAUGGCAAAGUUGCUGAGAGGCCCCAGCACAUGCUGAUGAGAGUGUCAGUGGGGAUUCAUAAGGGAGACGUCGAUGCGGCUAUUGAGACGUACAAUUUGCUGUCAGAGAAGUGGUUCACCCACGCGUCCCCCACCCUGUUCAACGCGGGCAGCAACAGGCCUCAGCUGUCCAGUUGUUUCUUGCUGUCCAUGAAGGACGACAGCAUAGACGGUAUUUACGACACUCUGAGGCAAUGUGCACUCAUCUCCAAAUCAGCAGGAGGCAUCGGGAUCGCGGUCAGCUGCAUCAGGGGUACAGGGAGUUAUAUAGCUGGGACUAAUGGCACUUCUAAUGGGCUGGUUCCUAUGCUGCGAGUGUACAACAACACAGCGCGUUAUGUCGACCAAGGCGGCAACAAAAGACCCGGGGCGUUUGCUGUGUACCUGGAGCCGUGGCAUUCAGACGUGUUUGACUUUUUGGAACUGAAGAAGAACACGGGCAAAGAGGAGCAGCGGGCCAGAGAUCUGUUCUUCGCACUGUGGAUCCCAGACCUCUUUAUGAAACGAGUGGAAAGCAAUCAGGACUGGUCUCUGAUGUGUCCAAACGAAUGUCCGGGGUUAGACGAAUGCUGGGGUGAGGAGUUCGAGGAGCUCUACACUCGUUAUGAGAAGGAGGGCAGGACCAAGCGUGUGGUGAAGGCUCAGCAGCUGUGGUACGCUAUCAUCGAGUCGCAGACAGAAACCGGAACGCCGUACAUGCUCUACAAGGACGCCUGCAACAGGAAGAGCAACCAGCAGAACCUGGGCACCAUUAAAUCCAGCAAUCUGUGCACUGAGAUAGUAGAGUACACAAACAAGGAUGAGAUUGCGGUGUGUAACCUGGCAUCCAUUGCCCUCAACAUGUACGUCACCUCAGAGAAGACCUAUGACUUCAAAAAACUUGCAUCUGUCACCAAAGUUAUUGUCAAGAACCUAAAUAAGAUCAUUGACAUCAACUACUACCCAGUACCUGAGGCUGAGAGGUCGAACAUGCGUCACAGGCCAGUAGGAAUUGGUGUGCAGGGCCUGGCCGAUGCCUUCAUCCUCAUGCGCUACCCUUUUGAAAGUCCAGAGGCCCAGUUACUCAACAUCCAGAUCUUUGAGACCAUCUACUACGCUGCCCUGGAGGCCAGCUGUGAGCUGGCUGCAGAAUUUGGUGCUUAUGAAACCUACCCUGGCUCUCCGGUCAGCAAGGGGAUCCUUCAGUUUGACAUGUGGGAUAAAACCCCGACGGACCUUUGGGACUGGAAGCUACUGAAGGAGAAGAUUGCCAAGCACGGAGUGAGGAACAGUCUGCUCAUGGCGCCGAUGCCCACAGCCUCCACCGCUCAGAUUCUGGGCAACAAUGAGUCCAUCGAGGCGUACACCAGCAACAUCUACACUCGCAGGGUUCUCUCCGGGGAGUUUCAGAUAGUAAAUCCUCACCUGCUGAAGGACCUCACAGAUCAAGGGCUGUGGAACGAGGACAUGAAGAAUCAGCUGAUUGCUCAGAACGGCUCCAUCCAGGAUAUCAAAGAAAUCCCUGAUGACCUGAAGCAGCUGUAUAAAACCGUCUGGGAAAUCUCUCAGAAAACCGUCCUGAAGAUGGCAGCAGACCGCGGCGCCUACAUAGACCAGAGCCAGUCUCUGAACAUUCACAUCGCUGAGCCAAACUACGGCAAACUCACCAGUAUGCACUUCUACGGCUGGAGGCUGGGACUGAAAACUGGGAUGUACUACCUGAGAACGAAGCCUGCUGCCAACCCGAUCCAGUUCACGCUGAACAAGGAGAAGUUAAAGGAGAUGCAGUUGGCCAAGAGCGAGGAGGAGAACCGAGAGCGCAACACGGCAGCAAUGGUCUGCUCCUUAGCUAACAAAGAUGAAUGCCUGGCAUGUGGAUCUUAAAGUCUACCACCUCGCAGAAUCACUCCAGAUCAGAUUUUAGGGAAAUAUUUGGUGCUUAUUUUGCAAAUGACAUGUUUGUAUUUUUGUGUGUUUCACGCUGUUGGACUCGCAGGCCUCUGCAGUCUUUUAUUUAACAGGUUUUUCACCAUGAUUGUUUAUACUCUGUAUAGAAUUAGCAAGGUUUUAAUCAAUGCCGUUUUUUAACUUGAUUUUUUUCAUGAAUUUUGUGUUUAAAAAGGAAAAAAAUUCAACUUCUCAACAAAAAACCUCAUUAUUCUAAA